GGAGGACGCACUGGAAGAAGGAGGUCUUGUUUUUUGCCCUGAUGAAGGAAGUCUUGUUCUAGAAGAAGUAGACGAUCCUGAUAUUUCUCGAACGUCCUCUACCAGCAAUUUGGGAGGUAAAUGCAGCAGCAAUUUGGCAGAAUCGCCUGGCCUCGAAAUAGUACAUAAAGGCGACGACCACCCUCAGCGCCAUGGGGGACCUCUGCAGCAAGGACGCGCCUCGCUUCCGCGAGGAAGAGCGCUCUUUAAGGCGAUCGUGAUCCUGAUGGGGGGAAACCUCCCAUAAGGUCGUGUAUCUUGAUCUUGAUGGGGGUGAACUAGCGAAACAUCAACCAAGCGCAUGCAUCCACAGAUCUUCGGAAGAGAAAAGUAAGAAGGAAGCUCUAAUCGGUUGCGCGGAAGCAGUUUGUUUCGAUCUUCGCGUAGCUACUCGAGCUCUGCGCUGACGCACCAGAUGAAGCAACACGGCAAUCGAGGCUCCUCUUGUCCGACCUCUUGUUCGACGGACGAACGAAUCAAUGAGGAGCCAGGCGGUCCGGAGCAGAGCUGUUUUGGGGGGGAAAGUGGAGCAGGGGUAUGGCACCAUGAUAGGCAGACAAACUCGACUUAAGGCUAAAAUCGUGAACACAACAUUUACCAGAGUAUAUUCAAAAUUGGAGCCGGUUUGCAAUUAUGAGAAGUACUUGAAGAAAGCUAAAUAAAAGAUGGUGAUGUUCCAACCAAAAGGUCAUAUAGUUAUCUCGCUGCGACGUCUAAUGAACGCCUAUCGUGAAAGAAAGGGCGCGGCGCGGCAGCUUCAGUUUCAGCCCAAGCUUUUUCCACAGCAAGGUCGCACCAGCCAGGACAGUUGAUGAUGGGCACCCGCCGU